AUGACGUUGAGCAUCACAGCGCGCGUCAAGGCCCGGCUACUGGAACGACGGCCUUGGUCAUGGAAAUUCUCACAGUCGACAGCAUCGCAAACUGACCUCUCGCCUUUUGAUCAUCGUGGAGACGACGGCAGCAGCCGCAGCUCACUGAGGCCAAUAACGCAUAGUGCAGCCCAGGGGAGCGACAGCGACAGACAGUGCAGCAGCAGCAGCAACGUGCUUGUGAUGGAGACAGAAGAUGCCAACGCGAGAACAGAAACCAGCAACAGCAACGGAAAAGGCCACGAGGCCGUCGUGGUUGUAGGCGAGGGCAGUUCAAGUGGAGAAAAAGACGAGGACGGAAGCGAAGAGGAAGACGCUGGACAUGGAGAAGGAGACCAGGCUGGUGAUGGGGCUGGCUCUGGUAGAGCACCACCAGCGCUCCACUCUAAGCCCCAGAAGCAGCGCGUGAGGCAGGAGCACGAACAGCACCUUCCCACCGGCAAUAACCAGGCGCCAGCGCUAGCACCACCACCAGUUCUAGCGGAAGGAGCACCACAGCCCACUAUAGAGGAAGGCGCACCCAAACUACUACAACCACCAGAACCAGCAGCCUCCACGCCACUGCCUUCCAUCAGGCGCCAGAGCCUCGUCUCACCGGGCCAGUCCCACAUCAUCAGGUCCCUUCUUCACGGUCCCCUAACAAAUGAUACUGACGUUACCAACGACGACCUGGACCUCGUGAUGGUGACGACGCGAAAGAUAUGGGUCAAGAGACCCCAUGCCUCAGCUACACUCGUUACCAUCAGCGACGACGACCUCGUCGACAAUGUCCGCGACUUUAUCCUCAGCAAAUAUGCCAACUCACUAGGCCGCAGUUUCGACCCCCCCGACCUCACUCUACGUAUCGUGCCCCGUGACCCGUCCAAGAAGGAGCGCCUGCUGGGCCCUGAGGAGCCUAUCGCCCGUGUCGUCGAAGGCUACUAUCCCGGUGGUCAGACAAUCGACGAGGCCCUCGUCAUCGACAUACCACGCCGCACCCCCAAGCCGUCGCCGCGGCCUACUGCACUCCACGUGACCCAUGAUGGCCCACCCUCCGAGGCCGGUGAGGGCUACUUUCCUCCCAUUAAUAACACUCCCCGCCAGACGAUGACCCUCGCGGCCCCUCCGAACAGCGUAGGCCAUGGCGGUACCUCCUCUCCCAAUUUGGCCGCCGCAGCGGCCAUCAGCAGCACCCCAGGUCCCGCCGUCGCUACUGCCGACCCCGGACAUGGUAUGCAGCACUACAUACUUAGGCCCUCACAUUCACGCGCUCAUUCCGCCUCGUCAGACCACAAGCCCCCACCCACCGGACCGCCCGUUACGUCGUCUCCAGGGACCCACAAUAUACAGCAGGAGCACGCCUCGACGCCCCCAGCUCGCGUUUCCUCUCCACGACCCUCGGUCGUCCGCCCUAAAAAGCCUAAGAAGCCCGACUACUCAGGACAGCAGGGGACGCAAGGAAUCCUCAGCGGUGGGGUACCUCCCAUUAGCGUGCUGAUCGUCGAGGAUAACCCCAUCAAUCUGAAGCUUCUUGAGGCUUUCGUCAAGAGGCUCAAGGUCAGGUGGCAGACGGCCAUGAACGGACGUGAUGCCGUUAAAAUGUGGAGGAACGGUGGCUUCCACUUGGUACUCAUGGACAUACAACUUCCCGGAAUGAACGGCCUCGACGCUACCCGAGAGAUCCGACGACUCGAGCGCCUCAACUCGAUUGGCGUCUUUUCCUCUUCUCCGGACAGUCUCCCCCAGAGCGACGACGGCAGCACCGACCCUGGCCAGGACCCGGCAGAGCUCGAAGACCAGGACCGUCUGGAGAACAUUUCUCUCUUCAAGAGCCCCGUCAUCAUUGUCGCUCUGACGGCUAGUUCCCUCCAGAGUGACAGGCACGAGGCCCUUGCUGCUGGUUGCAACGACUUCUUGACCAAGCCUGUCAAUUUUGUCUGGUUAGAACGAAAGGUCAUGGAAUGGGGCUGCAUGCAAGCCCUCAUUGACUUUGACGGCUGGCGUAAGUGGAAGGACAUAUCGCAGCAGCAAGAGCAGGCAGAGGCCGCCAAUAAGGCAGCCGCAUCGACCAAGCUCAAGUCCAAGAAGAAGGACAAGUCGCUAGCUUUAGCUGCAGAUGUUUGA